GGACGCGGGGCUUGCUCGUGACCAGCAUGACCAAACCCAUCUCCCACCCCCUCCGCGGGGCUACUGCCAGCAGCCGGGUAAUGAUUUGUCCGGUGGGAGGAGGCCCCCAUUCCCCGUCUCGUGUCGAUGGCCAUCUCGUGGAUUGCGAGCCUCUGAGAUGACCGGUCAUUAUGCUAUUUCCGGCUGAGGACAUGCUCUGGGGGUAUAGCCCCCGCGAGGUCCGUGGUUCCGGAGGUGGUAGAGAGGAGGAACGGUCUCGGAGAAGGAAGUUGGCUCUCGCCACGUGAGUGCACGAGUAAAUGAGGACAAAUUUAGGCCGGAUUGCCCCCGCGGAUGAGAUGAGACGGGGCCUCGAGUCCGCAGUCGUUCGUUAUGCAGCCUCUCGGUGCUCUGCUCUGCCGGGGGAAGCUGCGGCUGGGGCUGGGGCUUGGCCAGGGGCUGGGGCUCGGGGGGGUUCGAAAAUAGGGCACACGGAAUCCCUCGCAGGGACGGUAAAUAAAGGCUGUGCUGACAGUGGGCGAGUCGAUGAUGCUGCUGCUGGAGCGGGCAGGGCUUCGAUCCACGCCUUGAAGACACGGUCAUGCACCGGAGGGGAGGAUUGCCACCCUCGUCCAGAGUUGCCACAGCUUUGUCGGAGUGGAGCUAAUGCUCGCUUGCAAACGACAAAUGGCAGGCAAGUACGAUGAUGAUGCUUUAAUAAGUGAAUCGACGACAGCGCCAUCCGUCCAUCGCUCCAGUUUGUGCAUGAUGAGUUGUAAAGCGGACGUCGUCUCGCGGAAUGACGGUCGGAAAUGUCACGCAGGCAGGCACGCCCUCUUCGUCUUCUCUGCUGGGGGGCUAUGCCUUCAAGGGGCUGGGGUCGUUCAACUUAAAGGCAGUUUUCUAGUCUUUGCAGGUAGCCGAUCUCGCACACGGAUCCGGGGUCUGGCGACUCCAUCCAUGCCUCUUUCCUCCCUCCUGCACGAGGACGAGCAGGAGGCGCUAGUGGAUUCGGACGAGCUUCGGACCGGACCCGAGUGGUUGAGUAGAGUAAUGUGGCCCCGACAGAGCGCUGCUCAGAAUGUGUGUGACCCCAUUUCGUCCUCAUCCUGCUCCCUGCCCCUGCCCUCCCCCUGUUCAUGCCAUGUUCUCUCUCGUUGAACUGCCUGCUCUGCUUUUCGUUCAUCUCUCUCUCUCUCUCUCUCUCUCUCUCUCUCUCUCUCUCUCUCUCUCUCUCUCUCUCUCUCUCUCUCUCUCUCUCUCUCUGUAUGGCUCGACCCAGCUGGGGCAUAUUUGGAAGCAUACAUGUGUUCGUCAGUUAGUUCCAGAGGGAAUUUUUCGGAAUGGGAGCCGAGAGGGUCUGAGAGCGAGCUAUAUAUGGCGGAGUUACAUUUCGCCAGACGCACAUUUCUGCGCUCGUUUCGCACUUUCCCAGACGAGCUGAGCUGAGUUGAGUUGAGUUGAGGUGAGUGGAGUGGAGUGGAGUGGAGUCGAGUUCCCCGAGCUUAUUUCGAGAACCAAUUGUGCAGACGGACACUCGAGAGGUUCAGAGUUUCAGACACAUGUUUCGAUGGAUUGGGCCUGCGCUACAUGCCAGCUCGCAGUUGGCCAUUAUCACUAUGCUGCACUCGAGCUUUUCAGAUGUAUAACGACUAAAGUCGGCCACCAACCAACUGAUUUAAGAAGGCUCGUUUCGGUAAAUAGAAUAUGGUGUGUUGUCUCGCUCGCUCGCUCGCUCGCUCCCAUCAGUCCAUCUUCACCGUUCCUGGAGCGAUCCCAGUUCGUUAUCAUCCCUGAGCCCUUGUCCUCCUCGUGCUAUCUCUGACCGACCAGCGAAUCUCAAUGUCUUCCUCCUCCUCCUCCUCCUCCUCUCUGCUAGGGAUCAUCUGCAUACUGCUCCUUCCGGUGCCCCACGUCCGCCAACUCUCCCCUGGGUCCUCCUCUCCUCUCCUUUAAUAAAACGAUGAAGACUGACUGCUCUCUCUCUCUCUCUCUCUCUCUCUCUCUCUCUCUCUCUCUCUCUCUCUCUCUCUCUCUCUCUCUCUCUCUCUCUCUCUCUCUCUCUCAUGAAGCAUGUUAUCGAGAAUACAGGGCAAUAUGGCACCACCAGGACGCGCAUUGUGAGAAUCCCGGUGGUGACGGGAUUUGGUGCUUCGUGACAGCUGAUGAUGUUGUGUGAACUCGGAGGAAGUAACUGCGACACCACUUAUCUCAACCACUAACUUCACUCUUCACCUGUAUCGGGCGCAAAGAGCAUUGAUGAGAUCUGGUGGUGCAGUGGUAAGCAAGCAUUUGCUGACCUCGAGUCGAGUGUUUUACCAGCACGGUCUCGUUGUCGUCCCCGCCGCGAGAAUGUCUGCCUUUCCGCCUUCCUCUUCCCAGAAAGCCCGUGUUUCAGUCACUGAGACGCCAAGGCCAGAAGAUAAUCGUGCUCGAGAGCACUUAUCUGGACCGUCUUGAUGCUUAUGGCAUCUUGUUGGUGCAAAUCUGCACGGGUCAUGGAAUAAUCUGACCUGCAAAGAUCGAAUCAUGGAAAGCAGAGUCCGGCAUGGGGAAAGAGUCUGUUUGUUCCGAGAGGAGAGCAAGAGAAGGUCUCUACAUCUUCCUGCUGCCACAAUCGGUGAGCUGCAUCAUCACCACCAUCAUCAUCCGUCCAUCCUUCCUCUAUCCGAUCCAAUCGGAGCGCGGGGUCCAUGAUCGGGAGGCUCUCCCCCGACUCGGCUCGUCGAGCACAUUCUCUCUCCAAUCAUCCUCUCCUCCUCCUCGGGUCUCGCGGCCCGAGAUCGAUCGAGCCGUCAAACGAGAUUCGGACACCAACAUCGACAACGACGAGACUGAAGGCGACUGUCCUGGUACCACUGCUACCAUCACCACUACCAUUUCUUCUGCUGCCGCUGCUCUCGUGUCACUGCCUGAGGUUUGCGAUCACGAGAUCGAGAACAAACUCCUUCUAGAAUCCGACGAUUCAUCAUUUGUGCAUGGUUUGAUUCACUACCAGAUGGCCAUGAUUUCCUCUCGGUUAUACUCUGUCGCUCAGUCGUUGAAGGACGGGACAAUCGUUCGGCACUGCUGGCGAUGAAAAGCGUAAGUUAUUUAUGUCUUCCGUGUUUGGUUUGGCAUAAAGUACAUACGCCUGCAGCUUUGAAUUCCUUCGACGGGGACGGAUCGGAUUUCAUCAGGUGGUGCACUCGAGUGGAUGUAUAUUAAUCCAACCAUCACAGUGAGUUGAGUGGGCCAGUGCCUUACUUGUUCCCACUAAGACCAUUGAGUGAAAUGCUGUUUCGUAAAUGGUACAUUCCAUGUCACUUACGACGCAGCGAGAUCUACGUGAGCUUUGACGACUCCACGGGGGUACAGAUUUGCCAGUCAGCCACAUUCGUAGAUGCCAAGGCAUGGUUAGAGCUCAGACCGGCUCAAAAAACCAUUAUUACAGUUCAUAUCGGCUACCGUCACGAUAUGUCGAUACUAAGUUGACCUUUAAACUUACCCAGCUCAAAUUACUCUCUUCACUUUCGUAAGACAGAUGCAGUGAUCGGCAGGCGUCUUUCUCGGCGAUCUCUGUGAUGAGUGGGUAUGGCCAACCUGAGCUAAUCAUAUAUAAUGACUGAGAUAUGAACAAUAACGAUUACACUUGGAACUUGAAUUAAUCCAGCUCACAUGGCUGCUUCGACGUUUCGCCUCUUUUCAUACAAUUGUUUCGUCUGACAACUCUCCCGGACGUGCAUCCAGAAGUUUUAAAGUUUCAGGUUACUUUCGGACACAGAGCUGGAUGAACAAACUUAUUUUGUAUGCACAGACUCGAAUAGGUGCAAAUUCUUGAGAGGAGAAUUCCCCGACACUUGACGGAUGCAACCAAAAUAUAUCCAUGUGGGCGAAGGUAUUAAGAAGCAGCCGGCUGUAAUCAUUGGUACUAGAGCCCUUGUUGUUGGGAUGAAGUAUUGGUACAGAGAAGCUCGUUAGUAAGCUUUCAGCUUGAGAAGCUCAGUCACUUGAGAUCAUCUACAAUGGCCAUAUCGGCAACCUCAGAAGGAAAAUCGGAGCUGAGGCCUAAUAUAGUGUUACAAUUAUGAAAUCUUCACCACGACAGGGCUCAUUAUCAUAAUAGAACAUGAUACACCACCAUCUAUCGGUGUUUCGACAAAUUAAUCGAAUGGAUCGAUUCGAGGAUCGUGCUCACUGGCCAAUUCCAUACCCGUGCAAAGGCACGUGGGGCACAUCACCUGCAAUUUCACAAACAAAAAGAGGAUAAGCUCAGAGAAGAAUGUAAGUUGAUACUACCGGGCGUGGCCAGGCACAAAAAGGUAUGUAAAAAGGGAAUCGUAGUGGAUGGUUUUUACUAUGACAGGACUUCAUCAGACCAGGAUGUGACAAUGAUGCACACUAUCCGUCAGUAUAAUUAACAGCUGUUUACUAGACUGAAAGAAUCAGUGCCCGAUUCAGUCAGUUUAACAGCAAAAGCAAGACUGAUCUGAACUGUGGUUGACAUUUUUCUGACCAGCUGAAUCAGGCACGAAAUCCUGACAAGUCGAUGAACUUCGGGACACUGACCGCGGACAACGGAUAUUGACCAGAUCAUUUAGAAGAGACUAUCUACGCAAGCAAUUCGUGUUCGUUACGGUGAGUAUCUGAACAUUGCCCUACGACCCAAAUCUUGUCAUAAGAACAGUCCCACGGUGUACUAAAGGUGUGUCUUCUACAAGUUUCAUUUUAGAUGUCACUCCCACGCAAGCACAUAUCCGAAGUACACAAGUACUAACUUCAUGU